GGCCAAACAUUGAUUCGGAACUCGAGCAACUAGUAAAGUCAUGUCCCAGAUGAGCGCUUGCUAGUAAGGCACCGAGAAAAGCUGACUUAGCUUCCUGGCCGUUGGCAACAAAACCGUGGGAACGCGUGCACGCUGAUUUCUUUGGUCCCCUAAACGGUCAGCAGUACCUAAUAGUUGUUGAUUCCUAUAGCAAAUGGCCUGAGGUCUUCUUUAUGGAGGGUGCGACAAGUGGUGCAACAAUUAACAUUUUGAGGAGACUUUUCAGUCAACACGGAAUACCAGAAACCUUGGUCACUGACAAUGGUUCUCAGUUCACUUCUUCCCAAUUUGCCGAAAACUGCGCACAGCAUGGUAUCACGCAUCUACGGUCGCCACCGUUUCACCCUCAGUCAAAUGGACAAGCAGAGCGCUUUGUCGACACGUUUAAGCGAUCGCUACUAAAGAUGCGGGGGGAAGGAACCACACAGGAGAUACUUGAUACAUUUUUGCUCGCGCACAGAUCAACUUCAAAUCCCCAAGUACCAAACCAGUUGUCGCCGGCAGAAGCACUAAUGGGAAGAAAACUCCGUACUGUGAAUUCCCUGCUAACUCCGAUUUGUACUAAUGAGCAAGAAAGGAACGUACGGAUGGAGCAGUACUACAACGAGCGACACAGAACUCAAGCACGCCGCUUUUACCCCGGACAGCGUGUCUUAGUAAGAGACUAGCGCGCGGGAAACCCGCAAUGGGUGGUAGGAUCGAUACGGAGAAAUGUUGGACAAGUGCUAUAUGAGGUUAAUGUGAGUAAUUUGAUUUAGACCAGGCAUUCCAAUCAGCUGCGACCAACUAGCAUCCCUGCGGGCACAAGCGCUCGGUUACUACCGUUAGCUAUUCUACUAGAGAGUUUCGACAUGCUAUAUAAUCCCCAAAGCAAUUCGGAUGCAUCCCGCACAGAAGUCUCAGAGGAACCGAAGGUCCAGACUCGGCGCUGUACUGAUCGACUACGGAGACCUGUCGUAAGCAUGCAGUUGGAUCCAAAAAUGAAGUCUUAUGUCAACUUUUGCGGGGGAAGGUGUUGAUGGGACGGAACCAGCCAAUGAGAGCGUUUUACGCUAGGGCUAUUGAUUUGGUCAUAAAUUGAAUGUACCGUUAGUUUGGACGUUAAGCAAAUAGACUUGCCAGCCGUACGCCGGUCUCCUGCUUUGGGAAGUCGGGCUAAUCAGAGUGCACGCUAGCAGCAGGUCAUCGGUAGGUCAGCCGAAACCUUAACAAUCAGCUAGCAACUGCCACUCUCCUCUUGCAUCUUGAUCCUAAGGCUCCGUUACAGUUAACGAUGGACGCUUCAGAUGCAGCAGUAGGUGGUGUGCUCCAACAGCGACAGGGAGGUGAAUUGUAUCCAGUUGCCUUUUACUCUAAGAAACUGCAGCCUGCCGAACGACGUUAUAGUACGCUCAGCAGAGAACUCCUAGCUAUUUAUCUCAAUGUGCGUCAUUUCCGACAUUACUUGGAAGGGCGUACAUUUACGCUAUUCACCGGUCACAAGCCGUUAACGUAUGUACUGCGUUCUGCUUCUGAUCGACUUUCCCCACGAGAAACUAGACAACUAGAUUAUAUCUCCCAAUUUACCUCCGACAUUCGGCAUUUGUCCGGUGUGAACAACACCGUAGCAGAUGCCCUAUCACGGGCGGAAAUCAAUACCCUCCUUGAGCAUUCCCCCAUUGAUCUUCAAGAACUAGCCACAACACAACAUCAGGAUAAGCAGUUUAUUCAACUACUUCGAGAAACUGAUCUACAGGUGAAACCCAUCCAGCUGCCUGAUAGUUCGGGUGUUCUGAUGUGUGACGUUUCUACAGGAAAGCCACGACCUGCAGUUCCACCGACCUAUCGGCGAAUCAUGUUUGAUUCAUUACAUGGUCUACCACAUCCAGGCAUCCGUGCAACGCGCAAACUCAUUUCCGAUCGUUUUGUAUGGCCGGCACUGAACAAAGACUUGCAGAGCAUGGUGAGGAAUUGUCUCCCAUUUCAGCGUUCAAAAGUGCACCGCCAUAUACAGGCACCUCUUUGCGAGUUCACCGUUCCCGAUGCUCGUUUUAGUCACGUGCACAUCGACACCGUCGGUCCGCUGCCGCCGUCGUGUGGAUUUAAGUACCUACUUACUUACAUCGAUCAUUACACUCGUUGGCCCGUGGCAUUACCCAUCGCAGACAUUUCCGCAGAGACGGUAGCACGUAACUUUGUGGCUCAUUGGAUCGCACAUUAUGGUGUCUCAUCCACCAUAACAACGGAUCGCGGUGCGCAAUUUGAAUCAACCCUCUUUCGAGAUCUCACUAAUAUUCUCGGAGCUAAGCGAAUAAAAACAACUGCGUACCAUCCAACAGCGAACGGGUUAGUCGAACGUUUUCACCGCCACCUCAAAACAUCUUUGCUGGCAUGUUCCGACACUACCCGUUGGACAGAAAACUUACCGCUGGUUCUAUUAGGUCUACGAACGACGUUUAAAGCUUAUUUGAGUUGCUCUGCCGCGGAGCUAGUAUACGAUGCCACGCUAAAGCUCCCGGCUGAUCUUGUUCAACCCAUCGACUUCAACGCUCUAGAACCCUCAAACUUUGUUCAUCGCUUACUUUCAUCCAUGCGUGAACUGCCUUUCACUGCCACACGAGCACAACCUAACAAGUGUUAUAUACCAAAAGAUCUGACAACUUGUUCACAUGUGUAUCUACGAAACGAUGCAGUCCGCAGGCCUCUACAACCACCGUACGAAUGGCCAUUUGAGGUGAUCGCUAGAACAGAAAAACAUCAUAUGAUCAACAGGAAUGGUAAAGUCGAUGUAGUUUCGGUAGAUCGACUCAAGCCAGCGUAUAUAGAACAACCUUGUGAAAAACAAUCGACAGGUUUUAAAAACACCAUAUGUACGCAGGAUUCAUCAAAGCACUUUGAAAAUGAUCCUCAAUCAUCAACAUCUGAAGCUAAGCCAAAAGAGACUAGUACGCGGCAAACACGGUCAGGUAGAAAAGUUCAUUUUCCAGACUGUCUAGCGUAUUAGACAUCUUGAGAAUAACAAAUUGCCAUGCUGUCUAUCUUGUUAUACUACCUGCUGUCAGUUUUCUUUCCUGCUUGUUGCUUUCCAGUGUUUGCCAGGAAAGGAAAGAACAACCUUAGCAUGAAUAAGAACAUUCUCAUGUCGACAAAAGGCAGAAGGAUUGAGUCGGACAACACACGCAACUCAAACAUCCUUGUUGCACUACUACAUUCUGCUCCCACAUUUUCAUUGUAUCUUCGCUAACAACUUUACCUGCAUGCCUCCUGUGCCUCAGCCUCGGGCAUUUUAAGCGACACUGUAUCAGGUAGAGGUCAAUUUUCCCGGCAAUUCCCACCGGGUUUUUUACUCCUGGUCGCUUAUCACCGUGCGGCUACCGCACUGAUGGGGAGGUGUGUAGGAGCUUUAACUUAUUUUGCUAUUUUUAGCUAAUUUCUCUUCGCACAGGGAAGAUACUAUCCACAAUCAUGUGACGCUAACCACAUCAUUCAACAGCUAUUGAUGUGUAUACAAUCAAUGGACAACUUACCUUGAACCCUGGCUUAUACCAUCUAGCCAAACACCACCUGUGUUUUCCCUGUGCAAUCUUUCUGCCCUACUGUCGUAGUGUAUUUUCGGGAGCCUCCAAAAAUAAUUCAUUGGGAUACCA